GUAAAACUAAAAGCUGUGUUAUUUGACUCACUCUCUUCAAAACUCUCUCCUUCCUUCAUCCAAUUCCUAAAAUUCCACUCUCCAGAAACCCCAAUCACUCCAGAAAUCUCAAUUCCCUAACAGAGAAUCCAUCAAUUUCUUUCUCACUUUUUCCCCCCUUCAAAACCCCCAAAAUUUCAUUCUCAAAAUUGAAAUUUUCAAUGACCUAAAUCAGAUCAAGCUUUCUUCAGUCUUCUCAAAAUUGGGUUUUAAUGGCACCAAGUAAGAAAAGAAGAAGAGGCGGUGCUAAAAAAGCUUCUGCUGCUAAGAAACGUAAAAGAUCUGGGAACAAAAUUGAAAUUUCUACUGAAAAUGAAUUGCCCCAAGAAGAAGAAGAAGGGAAAGAAAUUGAAACAGUGGUGGUAGAAAUUGAAGAAUUUCCUGUAGAUCCUCCUGUUGUUCCUUCAAUUCCAGUUGAACCUCCUGUAGAUUGUGGUAAAGCUUCUUCUACUACUAAGAAUGGUGAAAAAUCGGGGAAUAAAAAUGAAAUUUCUACUGAAAAUGUAUUGACCCAAGAAGAAGAAGAUGAAGUAGGGAAAGUAAUUGAAAGAGUGGUGGAACAAACACUGGCACCUGUUUUAUCUGCAGAGCCUCCUAUUGUAGAUUUGGAUUCUGACUCUGCACCCAACACUAAACUACCCUGGCGUCGUGCACCCAACACUAAACUACCCUGGCGUCGUGCCCCGAAAUCUGGUGAUGAUUCCUCGGCAGGUGGAGAUUCUCCUGUAGGAGAUGUUUCUUCUGGACAACCACAAUUGUGUGAGGAUCAAACAGAAGUGGAGGUUGUUGAUUGUACACAAGAUGAUAACAAGGAGAAAGGAAAAAGUGUAGAUUUGACACAGAGCUUUGUGAGCGAUCAGGUUUUUGACUCACCUGAUGCUCUUAUCGAGUGGUGUCAAGAGGUUGGAAGAAAAACUAUGUCUGUGGUUGUGGUAUCUAAGUCAAGGAAACCUGUUCUAGGAAGGCCUGCAGUGUUGGAAUUAGGGUGUGAAAGAGGUGGUGUAGACCAAGACCAUAAGAAAAAAACAGAUACACCAACACUGAUAGACCUUACAAAAAAGAGAGAAUCAAGGCCGAGAAAAUGUGGAUGUCCAUUUGCACUAAAAGGAGUGUGGAUGGAAGGUGAUAAAUGGAAGGUCGGGGUGCACUGUGGAGCACACAAUCAUGAGCUACCAGAAACGGUUGUUGGCCACUCGGACGUAGCUAGGUUAAAGGAGGAUGAAAAGGAAAUAUUAGUUGAUUUGUCUAAAAGUGGUGUUCGACGUCGGCGAGUGCCUAGCCCACUCAAAGGGAGAAGAAGAGAGAACAUGGCAAGAAUGAGGACAAUUUAUAAUGCAAGUGCAGCAAUAAAACUUACGGAGGUUGAAGGGAAGUCAGCAAUGCACACUCCUUUUAGUGUAAACGUGUCAACAAUGAAGACAGUUGAGAAUGCAAGUGCAGCAAUAAAACUUACGGAGGUUGAAGGGAAGUCAGCAACGCACACUCCUGUUAGUGUAAACGUGUCAACAAUGAAGACAGUUGAGAAUGCAAGUGCAGCAAUAAAACUUACGGAGGUUGAAGGGAAGUCAGCAAUGCAACAGGUACUGGGAUUGUUGUCGAAACACCAUUAUGUGGAAUGGCAUAGGAGAGAUGAAAAGACAGAUGAGCUGAAAGAUAUCUUUUGGGCCCAUCCAGAAUCUUUACAAUUGGCCUUGGGUUCCCAUUCGGUGCUCAUUGUUGAUUGCACUUACAAGACCAACCGGUUUUGUUCACCUUUGCUACGGAUUGUUGGUGUUACUUCUACAGGAAAAUCGUUCACCGUCGCAUUUAUUUUCAUGGAGGCGGAGACAGAAGAUCACUAUGUUUGGGCUUUGACUCGUUUAAAGAGACUAUUUUCGCCAAAUGGGCUACCAUCUACCUUUGUAACAGAUGGAGAGCUCAAAUUAGUGAAUGCAAUAGGUACAGUCUUUCCAAAAGCAAAAUGGCUGUUUUGCUCAUUGCAUGUCUUAAAAAAGGUUUCAGAAAGUUGCAAGCAAUACUUUGAGUCCGAUGAAGAAUUUGAAAGAUUUAUGAAAGAGUGGAAAAAUCUGACUCAAGUGAGGACCAAAGACGAGUACGCUGAUGCUUUCUGUGACUUUGUAUUGACAUGGACAAGCUACUCUGGAUGCAUCCAGUAUUUACGUGAUAAUUGGCUACGACAUAAAGAGCAUUAUGUACCGGCAUGGACAAAGUUCAUCAAGCAUUUUGGAAACACGUCAAUAAAUAGAGUUGGCAGUUCUCAUGCUAUUCUGAAGAGUCAGCUAGCGGCUAAUAACUUCUCGAUUUGUUGGACGACAAUGCACAAGAUGAUAUGCGACGAGAUAGUAGACAUUAAAGCCUCCUUCGAGAAGAGUCUGACAUCCGUUCCAGACGAAUAUCUGCUUCCUGCUUUUAAGGAAUUGCGGGGUUGUGUUUCACAUAAGGCGAUGGAAUUUUUAUUGUUGGAGCGUAGUCGUUCUGAAGAUGUAGGCUUUGACGUAGGAGUUUGUGGGUGUGUCCUUCGCCUCUCUUAUGGGCUCCCUUGUGCCCACGAGAUAGUACAAUAUUUUCGUAAUGGUACAGAAAUACCUCUUUCUGAGAUUGACUCCCAGUGGAAAUUACUUUCAACUAUACCAGUGCCUGAAGAGCAUAACGAGUUCGAUUACCUUCCAGAGUUGAAAUCAGUGAGGGAGAGGUGGGAAAAAGCAUCCAAAUCUGAACGCGAGAUAAUGCAGAAGAAGUUGGAGGAAAUUGCAUGCUUGUAGCUGUUGGUGUUCAAUUUUGAAUGAUCUGGAACUGACGUGUCAGGUAGAUCAACUGCUUGAGUCGGUUUUAUCACUUAUCAGGAGAUGUUGGAGAUCCUGGGGAAGGACCACAUCACAGUAGUAAUUUUACAUCUUUUACAACUCAGAUGGACGAGCCAAGCUAUACGGUGAAAAGUUUCAGGUACAUGUUCGGGCAGCAAAAAUGUUAGUAUAUCUGAUAAUAUUAGACAUAUUAGUCUCUUUUUGCCUUGGAUCAACUAACAGCACGUCACUCUGUUUUUCUCUGUGCUACGUAUGUAUUAAACAAAUGAAUGACACCUAGAUCACUACCGGUAGAAAAGUAAUGUAUACUCAGUGUCGGAGAACUGGUCUGUUCGUGUAUGAUUAUAAACAUUCUGUUGUAAACUUGUAGUAUGUAAAGUCGUGACGAGCUAAACUAAUUACGAGGGUGUGCCCCGUGCAUGCAUCCUCUGGGGUAUUGUGCACAUUGUUUACAUGAAAAUUGAUGAAUAAUUGUUUUUAGGAAGAAAAG